AUUACAAAAGUGACUGUGAAUGAAAAGUGUUGGAAAAAAAACGAUGGGUCUGAGCGCGUUUUUAGUAACAGUUGUAACACUGUUCGUAGCAGGAUAUUUAUACGUGAAGAAAAAGUUCCAAUAUUGGGAAGAAAGGGGAGUGCCUUAUGUGAAACCUGAAUUUCCAUACGGAAAUCUUAAAGGAAUAGGAACUACGAAGCAUACAACUGAUAUAUUUCCAAAAAUUUACAAACAAUUUAAAGGAAAAGUUCUUUUCGGAGGAAUGUAUUACUUUACUGAACCUGUUGCUAUAGCGGUGGAUUUAGAACUUAUAAAAAAUAUCUUCAUUAGAGAUUACCAGUAUUUUGCAGACAGAGGACUUUAUAUGAACGAAAAAGAUGAUCCUUUAUCUGGACACAUAUUUGCUUUAACUGGACAACGUUGGAAAAAUUUGAGGAAUAAAUUUAGUCCAACAUUUUCAUCUGGAAAAAUUAAAAUGAUGCAAGAAACAAUAAAUGCCGUGGCUAAGGAACUACAGAAUUACUUGGAACCAAUUGCUCAAAGAAGUGAAGUAGUGGAAAUCAAAGAUAUUAUGUCCAGGUUUACAAUUGAUGUUAUUGGAUCUUGUGCUUUUGGCGUUGAGUGUAACAGUCUAAAGAAUCCUAAUGCUGAGUUUAAAAGAAUUGGAAAGAGAGUGUUUGAUUACAGUGGAUUGGAGUUUUUGCGUGCUUAUUUUUUAACAAUGUUUCCAAACUUGGGUCGGGCUUUAAGAAUGAAAUUUAAUAAAGAAGAUGUAUCUGAAUUUUUCAUGAGAAUUCUAAGGGAAACUACUGAAUACAGAGAGAAAAAUAACAUAAAGCGAAAUGACUUCUUGUCGUUGUUGAUGCAAAUUAUGAAGACAGGAAAGCUUGAGGGAGAUGAUACAGAGUUGGGAAAAUUGACAUUUAACGAAUUGGCUGCACAGACUUUUAUCUUCUUUGUUGCUGGUUACGAAACUUCUUCAUCUGCUAUGACGUUUGCCUUAUAUGAAUUGGCUCAACAUCAAGACAUUCAGGAUCGUGCUAGGACAGAAGUCCAGAAGAUUCUCGAGAAAUACAAUGGAGAAUUUACCUACGAUGCAUGUAUGGAGAUGAAUUACAUCGAUCAAGUUAUUAAUGAAUCUAUGAGAAAACAUCCGAUUGGUGAUAAUUUGAUUAGGAUUUGCAUAAAAGAUUACAAUGUCCCUGGAACUAAACAUGUUAUUGAGAAAGGAACAACAGUAAUGGUACCAGUUUAUGGUAUUCACCAUGACCCACAAAUAUACCCAGAUCCUGAGAAAUUUGAUCCUGAUAGAUUCACAGAAGAAAAUAUAAAAAAUCGUCAUCCGUGUGCUUGGCUCCCAUUUGGAGAAGGUCCAAGAAAUUGUAUUGGAAUGCGAUUUGGAAUGAUGCAGACUAGAGUCGGUUUAGGGCAUGUGCUCACGAAAUAUCGUGUUAAAACAUCACCAAAGACUCAAAUACCAUAUGUUGCAGAUCCACAUAUCAAUGUAUUGUCGUCAAAGGGAGGGAUGUGGCUGAAAUUGGAAAAGAUAUAGGAAUUUGUGAACUUAACAAUUACAUGGGACGAUUAUUCCUCGUAUUCCUGCUAUAGACCGUUUUAUGCAUUCAUAUUUCUUGAUUUUAUGUAUUUUGUAUUUUUCAUAUUUACUAAAAUAAAAGUAAAAUAAAAAAAUAUUUAAGUCGAGUUUUCUUGAGUUAUAGGUUUGUAAAAGGUUGAAGGCAUUUAAUUUUAAUGUUUGAAAUCUCUAAAAAAAAUUUGGCGCAUCUUCAUUUUAGAGAGGUAGCAGGUAUUUUUUUUUCGAGAAAAAAGUUGCAAAAAUAGAAGCAUGAAAAUCCUUGUAUAAGAAAAAACACCUAUAUAUAUUUUUAAAAAAAUUAGAAGAGUCUAUAGCGUUAUUGAAAAUAAAUUGACGAGCAAAAAUAAUCGGAUGACAAAGAUGAGAAAUAAAGAAUUUAAGUAUAGAGUCUGGGAUAUUAAGAGAAGAGGCUCGAUUGAGGAGGCAUUAAUUAAAUAUCACACAUCAGUAGAGCAAAAUAUGGUUUUGAAGGUGACCCGGUGUAAAAGAAAAAUAAGGUCAUUAUCACUAUUGUGGAAAAUUUUAUAGUAAAACUUUGCUCCAAGAUGAGGCACUACAUAUUAUAGAAAACCUCUUUUUUCCAAAAACAUGAAACUUUUGGGAACUAAAAAAAUAAUGCAAUAGUACUGGGUGGAUAUUCCAAGCUAUAUAUAUAAUAAUACUUUAUUGCCCCAGAUAACACAAAGAUUACAUAAAGAGGGACUAUACAUUAGAUUUUAUAUUUAUAUAUAUAAUACAACAAUAUUCUUGGAUGUUCUUAUUUUGUAUUUAUGAAAUUGAAAAAAAACGGACUUUUUAAAUAUGAAAAAUACAGCUUUGACGAUCAAGGUUCAAUAUGUAAAUUUCUGUUUAAAUUAAUCAGAUAAAUUUGUUAAAAAUAGAGGUAUUUUCAAUCACAACAUAACUUACCUUUUCUUUUCUCAAAAAUUUCCAUUCAGUUCUUAUAAAUUCAAUGGCAUUUUGGCUUAAUGA